UGCACAAUGAGUGGACAUGAGAAGACUCCGCUGGAAGUCUACCAUUCUAAUGGAUGGCUUACCUCUGCCUGGGACAGUGGGCUUCUCUUGGGAGCCGACCACCAGGAGAACGACCACCAGUAAGAAUAAAGGAAUUCUCCAGGAACCAGCUAGAGACACUACGAGAGGCAAAGAAGUUCACCAGAAAGCUCUUAAUACUGUACAUACAAACACUCCAGCUGGUGGAGGGGGAGUCUACACGCCUGGCUGAUAUAUUAUCUCAUCUUUAACUCACCAAUGAACAAGAGCAGGACUGACCACACAGGGAGAGACAAGGCUCGCAGAUAUCUCUCCGUCUGCGGGUUCCACUUGAAGCAAACCAUGAGCAGAUAACCGAUAGCCAAAGUGCAGACCUGGGAGGAGACAGUGAGGGAAGUGUUCGGUCCGACUGACUCAGAGAACCACAGACGUUGUGGCGGACAAAACCGAAGGACAACUAAGCAGUAGUAACUCACCCACACUGCGUGGAAACAGUCCAGCACAGUCCCGAUCGCGUGGAAGACGUGCCCGACGACCGCCUGCAGGCCGACGACACUCCAGGACAGGUAGAGGAAGUAGAGUAAAGGGGCUCCGGUUCCGAUGACUAGCAGCAACGUCAGUCUCUCCAGCACCGCUUGGCCCAUCGUCUCAACCCCGUAGUUGACGCACCACAACGGAACAAGCAGAGUCCCCAGCACGAUGGGCGUCCCGGUGUCCUGCAGACCGGCCAGCCAUGUCCGGCCGACCUUGGCCAAAGAGUUCUUGAAGGGGUGAAGGAAGGUGCCGCAGAGAGCUGCCCACAGCAGCGGCCGGAGGAAGGCCUCCAGGAUAAAGUAGACCAGCACGGCAGCCCCGCAGCAGAUCGCCACGAAGAUCAUCGCCCCGGUGUUGUAGAAGGCCUGUUUGAUGUUCUUGUCGAACUUGAGCGAGGACGGUUGGCUUAGCAAAUGGCUAACCAUGUCGACGGCAGGCUGAACACUCUCGGAGAAGGAAACAGAAUGAGGCCGCUCAGCUCGAGGAGUCGUUGACGGACAGCCCGGAGCGCUUUCCAGCCCAGUAGUCUCCUGGUCAGCCAUGACUCUGCUGCCAGGCAGCAUACGUCACUCAGCGACGGAGGGAAACAAAUGACGUAGCGAUCCCGUGGGCCGCAAUGGCUCAUGGGAAAUGCCGUUUUUAAGAGGAAAUCGUUUUGGUAAAUUGUUAUAAGGUGAGCACCUAUGUUGAUCUAUUUUGUAGUGAUGGGUCCCGCAGCACCGACUCGCCGAGUUCCCAGGGCAAUCCGCUUUAAGACAGUCACGUGACUGUGUCAACUCGACGAAAACGCCUCAAACUAGUCAAGCGGAGUGUCCCAUUGGGUUCUGAUGCUUUCAGGUUUGCAUUCAUAAAACAAUAUGACAAGUUCAGAAUGAGGUUCCAUCAGGACAUGUUUAAAUCAUGUCCAGGGAGGUCUAUACCUGUAAAUGAGCGAUGUAUAGUGACGUAUAGCUGUUAGGGCCAGAACACUGCAACAAGGAUUCUGUCUAGAAAAUAGCUUCGUGCGUUUCACGCCGUCUUUGCCAAGUGGUAUCCAACUAAAAAUACAAAUAAGGCAGCGUGUUUGCGACACUUUACACCAGCGUACGGCGCCGUAAAGUGUGAUUGGUAAACAUGUGGAGUGCCUAGAAAGUGCAGAACAGACAGACGAUGGAGAACUAUGUAAAGUCCCGGGUGGAGGAGCAGCCGUCUGCCUGUCCACUUCCUGGUGUUCUUCCGGACGCUCCUGAGGUCCGAGUCAAAGACGGCAGCAAGAUCCGAAACCUGAUGCGCUUUGCUCUGAGUCGGAUGGAGAGCAAACCCAAAGCUGCUUCCCAGCCGGCUCCUGUUGAAGAAGGAGAUGCGGUGGAGGAGAGCUCGCCCGGGUGCCCACUCUGCCGUCAGGUGGUCUUCCGUGCCAGUGGGAAGGGCGUGUCCAAAGCCAUAACGUGUGCAGAGAUCAUGAAGAGACGGAUCAAAGGGCUCCACCAGCUGACCCGCUUGGAGUUCAGCACAGUGAAGGAAGUGUGGGAGCCGCUGGAGCCUGGAGCAGGCCUGGACAGCCUCACUGUCAGCAGAAACCUGCCCGCUAUCUGGAUCCUGCUCUCCAGAGAUCCUCUGGACCAAAGCCAGCCCGGGUACCAGGCGCCAGGCCACUAUGACUCCCUCUGGGCUCAGUCAGCCAGUGAGGGGUCAGUGGGGUCAAGACCGGGACAGAGGAGGAAACGAGGGGGUGCUGCUUCAGGUGUAGGUGCGGGCGGGAGAGGCAAGGGCCCGGGGCGACUACAGGGGAGACCCAGAGACCCCAAACCUUCCAGCUGAUCCACAUUUCUGAACAGACUGAACCUUUGAUGAUGCUGAUGACGAAGACAUUAUGAGUUAAUACUUAUCUUGUGGAAGACUUUUGUCUGACGUGACUGCAGAAGUCUUCAAGCUUUUCAUUUUCAUGUCCACCAAAGUGAUUUGUCUAUUCAACUCUGUGUUUAAUAAAGCUUCCAUCUAAAGUGGUGCUGUUUUAUCUCGACG